GUUUCCUAUAACCGUUUAUCCUCUAGGUUUAGAUCUAUGGUUUCUCUCUUGACUCUGUCUCUAUACCCAAAAUACUAAUGGAGGUAUUGGGUCAUCAUGUAUGAUCUAUUGCAAUGCUUGAAGAUAUACAUGUCUUAUAGGAAGUCACACGUGGGAUUGGUGGAUUUACCAAAAGGAAAAAACCAGUGAGAUGUCAAUAGGUCUUCACAGUUAAAGUUAAUCAACUUGGUUUUGUGGCAAGACUUAAGGUCAGACUUGUGGAUAAAGGGUAUGAUCAAACUUAUGGGGUGGAUUAGUCAGACACCUUCUCCCUGAUUGCCAAACUCACUUUCGUUUGCUUGUUCAUUUCUCUAGCUACUUCAGAGAAUCGACCUUUGCAUCAAUUAGAUAUCAAGAAUGUGUUUCUUCACGGUGAUCUUCAAAAGGAAGUGUAUAUGAAGCAACCACUCGAUUUUGUUGCUCAAGGGAAGUAUGGGAAAGUAUGGCAUUUGAAGAAGUCUUUGAAUGGCUUGAAGCAAAGUCCUCGAGCUUGCUUUGGCAAGUUCCUUGAGGUAGUUCAGGAUUUUGGGCUGAAAAAUGAGAAAAUGGGAUCUCUCAAUCCUCUACCGACAAUUAGCAGCAGGCACUAUCCUCCUUGUUUAUACAUUGAUGACAUUGUCAUCACACAAAGUGAUUACGCGGGGAUCUCUUCCCUCAAGUCAUUCAGCAUACCUACUUACACAAAUUGGAAAUUGGCAGCCAAACACUGCAAUACUCUAAUGGUUCUCAAUGCACAUCUUAUGAAAGAUAAAGGCAAUCCUUUUGAUGAUCCAGAGAGGUGUAGGAGGUUAGUUGGAAAGAUAAAACCUCACUUGACUCGUCCAAAUAUUGCUUUCACGGUAACUGUUGUUAGCCAGUUCAUGUACGAGCCUACGGUCAAACAUUGGACAACUUUGAAACAGUCCUAUGUUCCUUGAAAGGAACUCUUGGACUUGACAUAUUGUAUAACAAUCACGAUCAUAG